AUGGCCCGUUUGGCCGUGGACAAGGCCAACAAGCCGCUGCUGAAACCAGGCGUCGAGAUCAAAAAUCUCAUGGCAGAGCAGGAGCAGAUCCCCCUGGUGCUAGGCAACACCUCGCGGUGCACGCAGCUCCUGUACAACCUGGUGAUGAAUGCCUGCAAGUUCACGGCUGCCGGCUCGGUGUCAAUAAGCUGCACUCACCUGGCCGAUGCAAGUGAGCUGGAGAUCCGCGUGGUGGACACCGGUGUCGGCCUCCCUCCAGAGGCACUCGAGAAGAUCUUCCUCCCUUUUGAGCAGGACUGCUGUUGGGUUUGUUUCUGGGGUUUUGGUUUUCUUGCUCGAUGGAUUUGA